GCAAGCGAGAUGCAGCACCGAGGCUUCCUCCUCCUCGCCUUCCUCACCCUGCUGGCGCUCAUCUCCGUGGUGGCCAAAAAGAAAGACAAAGUGAAGAAGGGUGGCCCGGGGAGCGAAUGCGCUGAGUGGACCCGAGGGCCCUGCACCCCUAGCAGCAAGGACUGCAGGGCCCAGACUCAGCGCAUCUGGUGCAGGGUGCCAUGCAACUGGAAGAAGGAGUUUGGAGCCGACUGCAAGUACAAGUUUGAGAGCUGGGGGUCGUGUGAUGGGAGCUCGGGCACCAAAGCCCGCCAAGGCCCCCUGAAGAAGGUGCAGUACAAUGCCCAGUGCCAGGAGACCAUCCGCAUAACCAAGCCCUGUACCCCCAAGACCAAAGCCAAGGCCAAAGCCAAGAAAGGGAAGGGAAAGGACUAGAGGCCAGGCCUGAAUGCCAAAGAGCCCCUGGCCCACCUCCUCCCUCCCCCGGCCCCAGUGUAACCCACCAGUGCC